AUGCAAUAUCUCAAUCUCUCCAAGGCCAAUUUCUCUCAAACUGUUCCCACUCAACUGGGAAAUCUUUCCAACUUGCUUUCCCUUGACCUCAGCGGUAGUUAUUAUGAGUUGAAUUCUGGGAACCUGGAGUGGCUUUCUCGUCUUUCUUCUUUAAGACUCCUUGACCUGAGUUCUGUCGACCUUAGUGAAGCCAUCCACUGGUCACAAGCAAUUAAUAAACUCCCUUCUCUCAUUCACUUGGAUUUACAAAAUUGUGGUCUCCCUCUCAUCCCUCCACUCACCAUUCCGUCUCUUUCCCAUGUGAAUUCCUCUGUCCCUCUUGUUUUCCUUGAUCUCUCUUGGAAUGAUCUCACUUCUUCAAUAUACCCAUGGCUGCUCAACUUUAGUACCACCCUCCUUCAUCUUGAUCUCUCUUUCAAUGAUUUAAACGGUUCGAUUCCGGAAUAUGCUUUUGGGAACAUGAGUUCCCUUGAAUAUCUUGAUCUCUCUCGCAAUCAAAUGUGGGGCUCAAUUCCAGAUACAGUUGGGAAGAUGGUUUUACUUUCACAUCUUGAUCUCUCUGACAAUCAACUGUGGGGCUCAAUUCCAGAUACAGUUGGGAAGAUGGUUUUACUUUCACAUCUUGAUCUCUCUUACAAUCAACUGCAGGGCUCAAUUCCAGACACAGUUGGGAAGAUGGUCUUACUUUCACAUCUUGAUCUCUCUUGCAAUCAACUGUAG